AUCACCAUUUGGCUCCGUCAUCGCCGCAGAUACCAAUUCUAAAUUCCUACUUAUUGCAGCCCACAGCGUAGGAUUACCUGGGCUUGAAUCAAUGCUUUUUUCGCUUGGAUUAUUUCCAAACGCACAUAAUUCCCAUCCAAAAUGCAGACCAUUAAGAACACAAUCGCCGAGAACUUCGGUGGGCCGUCGCAUGAGCUCGCCGAGCACAAGUUCAGUUUGGAGGAGGUUCCCGAUCUGAGUGAUAAGGUAGCGGUGGUGACGGGCGGCAGUGAAGGCAUCGGCUUCGGCUGCACCCACACCCUGCUAUCGAAGAACAUCGCGAAGCUGUUCGUCACAUCGCUCCGCAAGGAGGUCGCGGACGAAGCGCUCGCGGCCAUCGAGGAGGAGUUCGGGCCGGAGAAGCGCCAGCGCUUCAUCUGGCUGCAGUGCGACCUGUCGGACUGGGAGCAGACGGCGCACGUGGCGGGGGAGAUCGCGUCGCAGACGGAGCGGAUCGACAUCCUGAUCAACAACGCGGCGCGGGGGAUCAUGAGCCGGCAGCUGGCGCCGACCAACGGAAUCGACCAGCACAUGGCGACGAACCACAUGGGCCACGUCGUGCUGACCUCGCACCUGCUGCCGACGCUGAAGAAGACGGCCGACGCCGGCCACCCGGUCCGCAUCGUCAACCUCUCCUCCAACGUGCACAGCAGCGCGCCCGCCGACACCGAGUUCGCCUCCGUCGAGGAGCUGAACCGCGAGUACGACCCCAACGCCCUGUACGGCCGCAGCAAGCUGGCCAACCUCCUGCACGCCAAGUGGCUGCACCAGCACCUCCAGUCCACGCAUCCCAAUAUCAUCGUCAACGCGACGCACCCGGGCGUCGUGGACACCGCGCAGACCAACGUCCACAUCCACGACGCGUUCCCGCUGCUGGGCUACGGCAUGUCGGUCGGGCUGAAGCCCUUCCGCAAGACGCAGUUCCAGGGCGCCGUGUCCACCAUGUACGCCGCCACCGUCGCGACGGAGGGCGGGCAGUUCAUCUGUCCGCCGUGCAUCGUGGAGAAGGGCAGCGACAAGGCGAACGAUAUGCAGCUGGCUGAUCGAUUGAUGAAGCUGACGGCGGAGGUUGUCGAGAAGAAAACGCGCUCGGAGAGCAGUGCCAAGGGGUGUCCUUUCAAGGAGGAUUAAUUGUAAGAUAAUUGUAACGCGUGACGCAGUUGGA